AUGGGCCUCGUCAAGUUUCACAACUUGGCACAACCAGGAUGCAUUCGAGUGCCGUGCUUGUUGCUUGUCCUUUCCCCAGUUCGCUCUGUAACAGACUACAAGAAUGGAGGUCCGCAAUGUAAUGUUCACGGAACCACAACUAUUGACCGCCAGUGCAGUUUCGUCUGCAAGGAAAUCUGGAAACGCAGGGCGGAUACGCACUUCCUCACUUGUUACGACCCCUUGGCGUGCUUUACUGAAUUCUGGGAAAGCAAACAACUCAGGGACGAGCCCGAAGUACACUCCUCAGUGGUCGAAACACUUCAGCAGAACUGCUCCUUCAAUAGGUAUCAGCAGUUCUCGCUGGAGCAACUGGAAUCGAAUGUCGCUUUUGGAGGAGAAGCACUCUGCAAGGAAAAGGAGUUUGAAGUCGUGGAUUUUGUCUCCGGGCAUCCGUCUGCUUUUUUGGGGGGAGAGGGGAACUGCUUGGUGUACUCUCAGGCCGAAGAGGCAGCUACCGCUUGUCAAAAAGAUAAGGAACUGAACGACAGGCUAUACUGCGUGUUGGGGAUCGGAGAUAUUCCUGCAAAACCUGCUUUGUCUGACCUGUGUGACUUUGCUCCAUCGGAGGAUUACAAGUUUGCCCUGUUUUAUAACUGCGUUCCAUGUGAGCCACAAUCCUUUAACCGAGACACGCAAUUAAGAUCCAAUAUAACGUGUGUGCGUCCGUGA